AUGGCAUUCAGAACAACUGCCAAUUUUAAUAAUGCUCCUAAACCAUGGAUAACGAUUCCAACUGAACUCAUUGGCUCCAUACCACGAAUCACAGCAUUAUUAGAAGGUCAACAAGCAUACAAAGCUGGUCGUAUAAGUAAAAAUCAACUGGACGUUCUACAAGAUAAAGCAGUUCGACAAACAAUUGCUGAAUUAGAAAAAACCGGGCCAGGACAGAUAACUGACGGUGAACAAGCUAAACCAUCUUUUCUCAUCUAUCCAAUCGCUCCAUUAUAUCCUUCCGAAUAUACUUUCGAUGAUAUGAUUGAUUGUUUUACAAUCAUAUUCUCUGAUGGACACCAACGUACAUUACCACGAUUGACAAAAGCUCCAUUUCGAUAUGGAAAAUACGCUGUAGAUUAUGUCCGUAAAGCUCAACAGUAUACAUGUCGACCAAUCAAGCAAGCUGUUAUCUCUCCCUCAGCUCUGUCGAAUGUUUAUCCUCGCCCAACGAUACCAGGCUAUACCCGUGAACAGUUUCUCGACGAUUUAGUCAACGAAGUGGAGAAAGAUAUUCGCCUAUGUUUAGAAGCUGGUGUGGAUAAAGUCCAAAUGGAUUUUACUGAAGCUCGUUUGUCUCUUAAAAUAGAUCCAUCGGGAAAACUAUUAAGAAAUUUCGUGCAAUUGAACAAUCGUGUUUUAGACCGAUUUGCCGAUAAUCCUGAGUACUACAACAAAAUUGGUAUUCAUAUUUGUCCAGGAGGCGAUCGAGAUUCUCAUCAUUCAUUAGAUAUUGAUUACACAUUGGUUUUACCGUUGAUUUUCGAUUUACAUGUCAAGCAUUUUUAUGUAUCCUUAGCAUCCGAACGUGAUCGAAAGAAAGUUUUGACAAUGAUUCGAGAAUAUAUUCAACCAGAUCAUCGUAUUUUCAUCGGCGUUAUCGAUCCGAUAGAUGCGCGAGUUGAGAACGCUGAACAAGUAUGCGAUCGAAUACUGGAAGCUGCUCGAUUCAUAAACAUUGAGCAAUUAGGAACGACGGAUGAUUGUGGCUAUGCACCGUUUUCGGAUGAUGAAUCAACAACACGAGCCAAAUGCUACGAUAAAAUACGAGCUCGGGUUGAUGGAACUCGGAUGGCUGAACGAAUAUUAAAUACACGGAAAUAA